CUUCCGUUUUUUCCUUUCUUUUCCGGACGGAACGAGUCUCGUGGAGAUUCAGCGCCUACGUAGAUAGUAUAUCCCAAGGUUUGCUGUCUUAGAAGCGUGAAGACUAUCUCAGCAGGCGGGUGAAAAACGCGAUAAACGAGCGCAAAGCAACCCGUGUGAGCGCUCCCGUUUUCGAGCUGCGCAAUGCAGAGACUGCAACUUUUGAAGGAGACGUUCUUUGGGCUGGAUGCUGUGCACCAGCGGCUUCUCGUGGGCUGUGCCGUGGCAGCAGCAGCAGCGGGUGGCAUACUGACAUAUGCGGUGCAGAGGAGCAAAGUCAGAACUAUCCCUGUCGGCGAAGGAUGGUGGGGAGCAGGAGAGAAGCCCCCUUCAGAGGACGAAACAAUACACCCCUUUACCGUGCAAACGUCAGAUAAAGAGAUCGAGGACCUCCACGAGCGCAUCGACAGAACCCGGUUCUCAGACCCUUUGGAAGACAGCGGCUUCCAGUAUGGCUUCAACUCCACUUACCUUAAGAAGGUGGUUUCUUAUUGGAGGAAUACGUUUGACUGGAAACAGCAAGUGGCCGUGCUUAACAAGUAUCCGCACUUCAAAACCAAAAUAGAAGGACUGGACGUGCACUUCAUCCAUGUGCGCCCAAAACACAGAGGGGACCAGAGGGUCCUGCCUCUCAUGAUGGUUCAUGGCUGGCCUGGUUCUUUCUACGAGUUCUACAAGAUUCUUCCACUUCUCACGCAGAACCACGACGGGGUUUCGUUUGAGGUUGUAAUCCCCUCCAUACCUGGCUACGGCUUCUCCGAAGCCCCUCACAAGAAAGGGUUCAACAGUCUGGCUGCUGCUCGGAUUUUCCUCACCUUAAUGGAGCGCCUGGGCUUCUCCCAGUUCUACCUGCAAGGAGGAGACUGGGGCUCGCUCAUCACCACCAACAUGGCUCAGAUGAGGCCCGACCGUGUGAAAGGUCUCCACCUAAACAUGUGCAUGUCGACGAGGGGAUUCAAGGUGUUGUUGUCCAUGAUGAUUGGCCCCUAUCUGCCCUUCCUGGUGGGCUUUAGCCGGGAAGAUGUGCGCCGGUUGUUCCCUUUCUUUGAGAAGAACGUGUGGGAGAUGCUGAAGGAAUCCGGCUACCUUCACAUUCAGGCCACUAAACCCGACACUGCCGGACGUGGACUGAAUGACUCGCCUGUAGGCUUGGCGGCCUAUCUUCUGGAAAAGUUCUCCACCUGGACCCACAAGAGGAACAGAGACCUGGAGGAUGGUGGGCUGGAGAGAAAAUUCAGCCUGGAUGACCUUUUGACAAAUGUCAUGAUCUACUGGACCACGGGCUCCAUCAUCUCCUCCAUGCGCUUUUACAAAGAGAACCUCGGCAGCAACCCCAACGACAGAAUCGACGCUCGGACGGGGAUAUUCGUGCCGACUGGACUGGCUGCCUUUCCCCAGGAGCUCCUGCACUGCCCCAGAUCCUGGGCACAGAUUAGGUACCGGAACAUCGUCUCCUACACCUUCAUGCCCCAAGGAGGCCACUUCCCCGCCUUGGAAGAACCGCGGCUGCUGGCCACCGACGUCAUCCAGUUCGCCAAAAAAGUAGAAGAGCUGUAAUCCGCUGAAUGCAUUCUGACCACAACAGUUAUUGUUUUAUUUCAAUUAACAAUUCCCACACCACCGUUACAGAUCAACACUGAUUAUUUCAAUUCACCAUCUUGCUAGUUAUGAUAAAAAAUGCGAAUGUUUUAGUAUAUGUAACCAUGAGCAGAUGAUUCAUAUUUCCCCCAGAAUGUCAUUCAUUAAACCUUUUUCAAGUAAACCUUUCAAGUA